AAAGUGUCAGCCUCUCUGGUGGCCAGGACCAUGGGAGCACACAUACUGUAUGCAUGCAUGUGCAUUUAUAAUGCGAUGGGAAAAUUAAUCCAGCUAACAGAGGAAGCAAUAUGGAUAAAUACAAUACAUUAGAAAUUUAUGAAGACGGUGCUCAGUAAUUAACAUUAAUUAAGAAUAUGGAAUUACAAACUGAAUAUGCUAUUUUAAAACUUCCCUUGGAUUCCAACCAUUCCCAGUUGGAUAUUGCUAACAGAAAAGAAGCUUUUGAAAUAUCUGUGACAGAUACAAGACCGGAACAAAUAAAAACAAAGCAAAGUAAUGUUUGGAAUGGAACGAUCAUAGUUUUCCUUUUGAUUCUCAUAAUUAUUCUCAGCUGUACAAUUGGGGUACUUGUUUAUCAAAUGCAAAGUUAUUUUGAAAAUAAAAAAAAUGGAACAAGAAGCACAUGGGAUGCAGAGUUCAAGGAUAAAUGCUCCUUAUCUUAUUUACGAGCUGAACUGUGCAUAAAAAAUCCAAAUACAACAAAUGAUCAGGAAAAUGAAUGUAAACUUUGUCCUGCCAACUGGAAGCUUUUUCAGGAAAAUUGUUACUUAAUUUAUAAUAAUACCCAAAUUAAAAGUUGGAAUGAUAGUCAAACCUAUUGUAUAGGAAUGAAGUCGCAUCUACUGGUCAUAGAAAAUAAAGAACAGAUGGCAUUUUUGGAUCAAAUAGUUUAUAGGGAUGCCAGCUACUGGAUUGGACUGUAUUUUGACAACAAUAUAAGGAAUUGGACUUGGGUGAAUUGUGAAACCUGCAAGGACUUUCAGCUCAAUUUCAAAAACACUCGUCCUGGUGAUAACCAUUGUGUACUGAAAUCAAGCCGUUAUAAUUCGGAGAAGUGUAAUAGUCAACAGAGCUGGAUUUGUCAAAGGAAAGCCAGCAAACUAUAAAGAUGAGUGGAGAAUGACAUAUCAAGUACUGUUGAUAUUUUUUAUUACAACUAUCCAGAUGUCUCUGCAACUUAAAGUAUACUGUAUACUGACUAGACUAUGUAACUACAACUAUCUUUAUCAGCAGCCAAUGAAAAUCAAAGGGCUCUUUUGUAUUAUCUCUGUAGUGUCACUACAUGUGUGCAUUUCUUUCAAAAUUGUAUAAAUUAUUACAUUUGG